GGAGGUCAUUCACAGAAAGUGAUUUACUGGAGCGCCUGCGCGGCAAAUCGUAACAGAGAGAAUGAGCAGACGAGUGGGCGACCUCAGCCCGAAGCAGGUGGACAUUUUAGCCGAGUUUCGGGAGCGGCUUGAGGACGUUCUCCCAGACCUUCCCGCGCAGCAUGACCACUACCUGCUCCGCUGGCUCCGAGCUGGAAGACAGUGUCCCUUUUUGGUCAGUGUCAGUGGAGGAAAGGGAGAGCGGAGGGAUGUUGAGAGACGGACCUUCAGUCUGCUGUCUCCGCUGAGACUGACCAUCAGAUGCAGCCACCAUCAGCCCAGUAAAAUAAAAACCCGAAGCUUCAAUGUUCAGAAAGCAGAGGCGAUGCUUAGAAAGCAUCUGGAGUUCAGGAAACACAUGAAAGCAGACAGCAUCAUCGCUGACUGGAGGCCUCCUGAGGUGAUCGAACGGUAUGUGUCCGGGGGGAUGUGUGGGUACGACCUCGAGGGAAGUCCCAUCUGGUACGAUGUCAUUGGGCCCCUGGACCCCAAAGGUCUGCUGCUGUCCUGCACCAAACAGGACUUCAUGAGGACCAAGAUCAGAGACACAGAGAUGCUCCGCAGAGAGUGUCAAAAACAGACAGAGAAGUUGGGCGUUAAUGUGGAGACGAUAACCCUGAUCUAUGACUGUGAGGGACUGGGCCUGAAGCACCUGUGGAAGCCUGCUUUAGAGGCCUAUGGAGAGAUUCUUACCAUGUUUGAGGAGAACUAUCCUGAAGGACUCAAGAGGGUGUUUCUCAUCAAGACUCCUAAGCUAUUCCCGAUGGCCUACAACCUGGUCAAACACUUCCUGAGUGAAGAGACACGUCACAAGAUCAUCAUUCUGGGAUCUAACUGGCAGGAGGUGUUACUUAAGCACAUUGACCCGGAGCAACUCCCGGUGGCGUACGGAGGAACCCUUACUGACCCUGAUGGUGACCCUCGCUGUCGAACCAUGAUAAACUAUGGCGGUACGGUGCCCAGGUCGUACUAUGUUCAGGACAAUAUGGUCAAGGUCCAGUACGACAACAGUGUGACCAUCAGCCGAGGCUCCGCCUUCACACUGGAGUAUAACAUCACCACCCCCAGCAGCAUCCUCAGGUGGCAGUUUGCCAGUGAUGGGGCAGACAUAGGCUUUGGGGUGUUCAUGCGGACCCAGGAGGGGGGUGGGGCUCAGAAGGUGGGGGACAUGCUGCAGGUGGUGCCUAGUGAACGCUACAACUCACACAUGGUCCCAGAGGACCGCUCACUCACCUGCCCCGAGCCUGGAACUUACGUGCUGCGUUUUGACAACACCUACAGCGUGCUGCAGUCGAAGAAGAUCAGCUACACUGUCAAUGUUCUACUGCCAGACGGACAGACACAGAGCCCUAGGAGUAUCAGAGGGGGUGGACGGCUGGAGUAACACACACACACACACACAAAACACAGGUACUGACAGACAGACACAGAGCCCUAGGAGUAUCAGAGGGGGUGGACGGCUGGAGUACACACACACACACACACACACACACACACACACACACACACACACACAAACCACAUGUACUGACAGACAGACACAGAGCCCUAGGAGUAUCAGAGGGGGUGGACGGCUGGAGUAACACACACACACACACACAAAACACUGACGUGCUGCGUUUUGACAACACCUACAGCGUGCUGCAGUCGAAGAAGAUCAGCUACACUGUCAAUGUUCUACUGCCAGACGGACAGACACAGAGCCCUAGGAGUAUCAGAGGGGGUGGACGACUGGAGUAACACACACACACAAAACACACGUACUGACAGACAGACACAGAGCCCUAGGAGUAUCAGAGGGGGUGGACGGCUGGAGUAACACACACACACACACAAAACACAUGUACUGACAGACAGACACAGAGCCCUAGGAGUGUCAGAGGGGGUGGACGGCUGGAGUAACACACACACACACACACACACACACACACACACGUACUGACAGACAGACACAGAGCCCUAGGAGUGUCAGAGGGGGUGGACGGCUGGAGUAACACACACACACACACACACACACACAAAACACACGUACUGACAGACAGACACAGAGCCCUAGGAGUGUCAGAGGGGGUGGACGGCUGGAGUAACACACACACACACACACACACACACACACACACACACGUACUGACAGACAGACACAGAGCCCUAGGAGUAUCAGAGGGGAUGGAAAGCUGGAGUAACACACACACACAAAACACACGUACUGACAGACAGACACAGAGCCCUAGGAGUAUCAGAGGGGGUGGACGGCUGGAGUAACACACACACACAAAA